AUGGUGAAGCAACAACCACUGCGGUCUGCAGCAGUGCUGCUUCUGCUGCUGCUUAGUCUACAAUUCUCGACUCAGGUUGCAAGAUCGCAGAGGGUUCCAGCGAUCUUUUGUUUUGGAGACUCGUUGAUAGAUGAUGGCAACAACAAUUUCCUGGACUCCAUAGCCAAAUCAAACUACUACCCUUACGGGAUUGAUUUCAGAGGCCCUACUGGCAGGUUUUGUAAUGGGAAAACCAUUGUUGAUCUACUUGCUGAGAUGUUAGGUGUUUCAUAUCCUCAACCUUUCGCAGAUCCUGGCUCAACAGGGUCCAAAAUAUUUAGUGGAGUGAAUUAUGCUUCAGCAGCUGCUGGCAUCCUUGAUGAAACUGGCCAAAACUACGGACAAAGGUUUAGCUUGAGCCAACAGGUGCUGAAUUUUGAGACCACAUUGAGCCAAAUGAGAACAAUGGCGAAUGGAACAACUCUGAGUCGGUACUUGGCCAAAUCCAUAGUUAUAAUGGUUUUCGGGAGCAAUGACUACCUCAACAACUACCUCAUGCCUUCCCUCUACCCUUCCAGCUACAACUAUAGUCCCCCGGAUUUCGCCAACCUCCUCCUCAACCAUUAUGCUCGUCAAAUUUUGGCACUGUAUAGUUUAGGGUUAAGGAAGUUCUUCCUAGCCGGGAUUGGACCACUUGGUUGCAUGCCAAACCAGCGAGCCUUGGCGCCGCCCGGUCGAUGUCUCGACUACGAUAAUCAGAUACUUGGUACCUUCAAUGAAGGGCUCAGGGCACUCGUCAACCAGCUGAAUGGGAACCAUCCUGGCUCCAUCUUUGUGUAUGGCAAUACUUAUGGUAUUUUUGGUGACAUUCUCAAUAAUCCUGCUACUUAUGGGUUCAGAGUAGUGGAUAGAGGGUGCUGUGGACUAGGAAGAAACCAAGGGCAGAUAACAUGUCUGCCUAUGCAAAUGCCAUGCCUAAACAGGAAUGAAUAUGUGUUUUGGGAUGCCUUUCAUCCAACCACGGCUGCCAAUGUCAUCCUCGCUCAAACGGCCUUCUAUGGUCCUCCCUCUGAUUGCUACCCCAUCAAUGUCCAGCAAAUGGCUCUCAUUUAA